AAACUAGUUUUAGAUGGUAUGCAUGUAUAUGUUUUGGUUGACAGGGGAGACAGAAGUUUGAUUUGAAAAAUAGGGGCAAAAAGUAAAAAGAAGAAAAAAGUUUAUUGGGAGAAUAAUACAUGAUGACAGACCCAUUAAGAACUGUGCUUUAGUCAAUCUAUUGAAACCAAAAUUUCCGGGGCUUUCUCUGGGAUGCAUUUUUUUUUACCGUUUCACAGAGUAGAGUCCCACAGAAUUUGUUGCAGCUUUUGAGGAAUUGCAUCUCUAAGGAAUUUCCUCAGUAUACUGUACCCUUUUUUUUCAUUAUUUACCCAGUACAAAACCAGAAAUUUUGUGGACUUUUUGCAGAAAUUUUUUUACCAUGGGUUUUUCUCAUGGUAGUUUCCAUGAAAGAAAAGUUAGAAGUUUGAACAUCAAUACCUAAAACUAGUCUCCUAUACAACUCACAUGAGGGAUCAAGGGGACCUACUAAAAUAUGGUCUCCAUGCUAGCAGAUUUGGUGUUUCAGCUUUGCCAGCCUUAAAACCAAAAAUAUUGAUAACUCUUUUGGCAUUUUGUCGUCGGAAGUAUGUCCAGCUUCUUACAAACAUUCUGAGGUCUGGAUCUUGAAUGUAUUCUAUUUUAGGACGAAAAUCAAAUUUAUUCAGAAUCCAACCUGCAAAUUGCCAACCAUUAGUUUCUCAGUCUGUUACACUCAUCUGUGUUCAAGCUGCUAAUGGAUUUUUCGUAUCCUAAAACACAAAAAUUAAGAAAGAAAUAAAAUAUUUAAUCACUAGAAUAUAAAAUCAUUAACAUUAAAAAAGCCGUAACACUUACCUCCGCCCUCAUCCCUAGCAUAUUAAGUACAGUUUUUAGGGAAUAUUUCGUCCAAUAAGCAUGUUUCAAUGGCAAAAUUGGAAAAUAACCUUCCUAUUUUGCUUAAAUGUCUGCCAAAACAUAAAAUGGCUUCCAUAGUAGGUGGGUUAGAAAGAAGGCAGAUGUUUUUCUCCUUUUUUUUUUUUUUUUUUUUUUUUCGUUGGUGGUUGUGGGGAGUGAUCAAGAACUCAUUUGACUUGAGAUUUUUGUUCUUUUUCAAAUAAGAAUAAAAAAUUUAAGAAUUAACAAGCUGUUCAACCUGUUCAUAUUUCUAAAGUGGAAAAAACUUAGUCUGAUCUGCAUUUAAGAAAAUGGUUUGAAAUCAUUAGUAACAUGGAUUUAUGGAAUAUUUUGUGAAGCUAGCAGCCUAGCAUUGAAGAGUGACUGCGUACCUAGAAAAAAAGAUUUGACAAUUUAGCAAUUUGUAUAGAUAGUCCUUUCAUAUCUUUGAAAGUUAUUUGCAUACUAAUAUGUUUUUUAGUUCCUUCUCUCUCACUAUUUAUAUAUAUAUAUAUAUAUAGUUGUAAAAUUAUGGAUUAGGUGACUCCAGUGUUGGAAUCAUAUCAGGAAAUUGCCAGUCACCAUAUCCAAUGAUUAGGUUGGUAGUGUCCUUAACCGAGGUCUCCUAUAUUACCAAACAGUUCCUCCAUGCCUCACCCAUGUGCAAACCUUACUAGCAAAUAAGAAAUACUAAUAAAAUAACAUUUACUUUCAUUUUUUCAAAGAAACGUAGGGUUUGUUAGGGUGACAGCUCUGUCUCCAUUGGAUUUUCAUGCAACCAGUGUGCAAUAGUAAGUCUGAUAAUUUACUGCAUUUUUGGUUUUGCAAUCAACAUAUGUGACUUCCAAGAUAUUUUCUUGUUUCUUAUAGGAAUUAGAAUAUCAUGUCAUCCCUUUUCAUCAACAGUAGAAGCAUUGAAGCUACUCCUUACUUACAAUCAAAGAAGACAAAGUUCUGGUUUAAAGUUCAAAAAUGAAGGUAUAGAUUCUGUAUGCUUUGAAUGCCACAUAACCUGUUUCACUCAUCCUCCAAGAAAGUUACCCAAAUAAUAAUCACAUACAACCAUGUAAACCAAAUAACCUACAAUUUUUUGCAACAUUAAAGAUAAACAUUUCGGCCUUACAAAAUAAAUAUAUGUUUUAAUGCCACUAGUGACAUGUAAUCCUGUUUCACUCAUCUUUGGAUAAAGUAUUAUAUGUAACCAAAUUACAUAUAGAAUUGUGUACACCGUCAAAAUAAACCAUGUUCGAUCCAUAAUGAUUUAUUAACCUUGUAACAAUCAGAUAUAAAAUGUAUUCCCAUCCCUUCCUUUCCCUGUCUGCCUUGAGUCUACUGGUGCAGCUAUUAAGCUACCAAACCUCAACUAGCUGACAAAGGAGUAGAGGACCAUCUCUCUGUCUCUCUCUCUCUCUCUCUCUCUCUCUCUCUCUUCUUUGCCAACCACCAUCUUGCAUCCACAAACUCAUUUAUAUUCAAAGUGACUGUCAGUUUCGCCAUCAGCUGCUAAACAAGUUUUAUCAAACUCCAUAGAGAAAAAGUAUCCAUUUUCUUUUUUUCUCUGUGACUCUGUCUUUCUCUUUUCUCUAAUGGGUAAUAUAGCAUCUUGUGCUCCAUCUAUAAUCUCAAACAAUGGGGUAAGGAAAGUGGUAUCCACAGAAGGAAGAAUAGAAAUCUACACCAGACCAGUAAAAGCGGCAGAGCUAAUGGUUGAAAACCCAGGCCAGUUUGUCUGCGAAUUGAACAGUCUCAAAGUUGGUAAUCGGAUUCAAGGCCUUUCAGCUGAUGAAGAGCUAGAGAAAAAGCAACUCUACCUUCUUCUUCCUAUGGAUCUUCUUUACUCUGUUCUAACCUUUGAAGAGAUGAGCUCUAUCACUUACAAAACCUCCAAAGCACUCAGAAAUGGAAGUUUCAGUACCAACUUUGGCAAGAUUUUCCCUGUUCUUGGUGAGUUUUGUAUUUUCCCUUCAGAAGCUAAGAAUUUGGAUAACAGUACUACUAUUCCUCCUAUCAAUUUAGAACCAGUAAAGAGAUAUUCAAAGCAAAGAUCUUGGAGGCCUGCUUUAGAAACCAUUGUUGAAAGUUGAAAAAAAAAAAAAAAAAUCCCAUGUAGUCAUUAACGAGAAAUAUAUAUAUAUAUAUAUUUUAAUGUUAAUUUUUGGGGCUUAUUUUUCCUCUUAGAUUUAGAAAUUAUUGGGUAGAUUGUUCACUGUUCCUUAUUUGAUGAAGAAUUCUAUUCAAAUUUGUGAAAAAGAAAAUGUGUCAUAUAUAUAUACAUUAUAAGUAAUUUUCUAUUAGGCAGCUGGUGUCGAUUACAUGCAAUAUUUCAUCCAAAUUAUAUG